UGAACACCAGCCGGAGAGCAGGGUCAGCAGAUGCGAGGAAAACAAUCCCGUAUAAAUUGUCUCGCUAGCUCGGCUCUCUCCAGUCUUUCACCAUGAGGCGCUGGUCGAGUGGUGAGACCACUGGUCUGCUGGCCACUCUAUGUGGCCUGCUCGCCUUCGUACAUGCUGGAGUUAUGUUGAACUGCAGCCAGCCUGCAAAUGACCCCAGGACAAUCUACGACUUCACUCUGAUGGACGUCCACAAGGUCAAGAAUAUCAGCCUCAGUGACUACCGAGGCAAGGUGGUGCUGAUUGUGAACGUGGCCACCUACUGAGGCCUGACCCACCAUUACUUCGGAAUGAAUGCACUCAAUUCCAAGUAUGGCGGCCAGGACUUUGUCGUCCUCGGUUUCCCGUGUAAUCUUUUCAACAAGCAAGAGCCAGGAGCCAACGGUACAGAAAUCAUGAACGGGGUCAAGUACGUUCGCCCGGGGGGUGGUUUCGUCCCCAACUUCCAGAUCUUCGAGAAGAUAGACGUCAAUGGGCCACAGGAGCACCCGCUGUUUACAUACCUAAAGAGCAACUGCCCGCCCACCACGACGACCUUUAACCCCUCCCUGCUCUUCUACUCGCCCAUCAAGGCUGGUGACGUGGCCUGGAACUGGGAGACCUUCCUGAUUGGCUUUGACGGUAAAGUGGUCAAACGGGCGCCGCCCGCCACUGACCCCGACAAGCUGGAGGCAGACAUUACGUCAGAGCUGACCCGAGCCGCGUCCACCUCCGUUGUCGGUUAGGUGGAAGAUUCCUGGAGUUUUCUUUUUGGUUGGAUUGGUCUAAGGGGUCCAAGAUUUUUCUAGGGCAAUUGGUCUAAGGGGUCCAAGAUUUUUCUAGGGCAAUUGGUCUAAGGCGUCUUAAACUUCUUGAUUUAUUUGUCGAAGAAUUUCACAUUCUCUCCUCACAUUCUCUCCUCACAUUCUCUCCUCACAUUCUCUCCUCACAUUCUCUCCUCACAUUCUCUCCUCACAUUCUCUCCUCACAUUCUCUCCUCACAUUCUCUCCUCACAUUCUCUCCUCACAUUCUCUCCUCACAUUAUCUCCUCACAUUAUCUCCUCACAUUAUCUCCUCACAUUCUCUCCUCACAUUCUUUCCUCACAUUCUCUCCUCACAUUAUCUCCUCACAUUUUCUCCUCACAUUCUCUCCUCACAUUCUCUCCUCACAUUAUCUCCUCACAUUAUCUCCUCACAUUAUCUCCUCACAUUCUCUCCUCACAUUCUCUCCUCACAUUCUCUCCUCACAUUCUCUCCUCACAUUCUCUCCUCACAUUCUCUCCUCACAUUCUCUCCUCACAUUCUCUCUUCACAUUCUCUCCUCACAUUCUCUCCUCACAUUAUCUCCUCACAUUAUCUCCUCACAUUCUCUCCUCACAUUCUCUCCUCACAUUCUCUCCUCACAUUCUCUCCUCACAUUCUCUCCUCACAUUCUCUCCUCACAUUCUCUCCUCACAUUCUCUCCUCACAUUCUCUCCUCACAUUCUCUCCUCACAUUCUCUUCAGUGUGCCGUAUGAUCUGAAUUUAUUUUGUUUUUAAAGUUGUUUUUUUUUUCUGCGCUUGUAAAUUAUAUGUUGAACUGAACAUGUUAAUGCCUAUUUAACAAAAUGAAAUUGGCUUAGGAAAAAAUUGAACCCGAGGACAGAUAGCUGGUAAUUGUUUAUCUAAUGAGCGAAAUGACCAAAAGGAAGCUACUCGAAUCUGCUAUUUAACCAAUAUUUUUUUCAAAAUUUUCAAAUAUUUUUCUUUCUUUUUUCUAAACUUUUUUGUGAACGAACAUUUGUAAUUAAAUUUGUUCACUGUAGGCGUGAUAUUCUAUGAUUGACAGUACAAAAUUGUGAUCGAAGUGGUGUGUAUUCUAAUUAGCAUAAGCACAUCAUGUUAAAAUGUCUUCCAAGAAGUGACAAGAGCUAUAUCUGAGCACAAUUUGUGUGUAUCGUUGGAUUAGCAAAGGAGAAUGACGUGCUGUCUGUAAACAGUCAUUUCUGACUGACAGACUGCACCGAUACACUACCGACGUCACGUGACUUGUGCAUUCGUCACGUGGCUGACGUAAUGACCUUUCAACCUAAAGGUACCGGUACCCACAAAUUGUUAGUAAAGAUUAAAUAGCACGGAGCAUAGACUAAAGGAAAGCUGUGAAUUUCUUAAAAAGUUGUUUUAUCCUAGCACUGGUAGAGGAAAACUCAUAAUUAAAUUACAGCUGUUUUUUUGCUUAAAAUAAUAGAGUUUCGUGUUUUGCCGUGUAGACUGUAUUGUAUGCCUAUAUUUUAUUCUAUCAAUAAAAGAUUGAUUUUUUUAA